UCAACAAAAUAUGCAUUGCAAAUGACUUCUGCUCUGUCGUGUGGUGUCAUGAAAAGCAGGCCAUACAGAGAAUCGGCUGCAUAUGGCGGAAAUCACAAAACCCAUGUUGGUCGGGACAGAAAUCUAUGCUCAGCUUCAUUCUGAUGUACUUCCUCAAGAACAAAAGAGUAUUGAUAAAAGGCAGAUGAGAAAUCGUUCAGAAGAAGAGAGAUUAAAGAGAAAAGUUUGGGAGCUCCCCGUAAUUGUGGAAAGAAACUCCGAUUUGCAGAAAGAGUGGAGAAAGAGUGAGUACAGAGGAGUAAGGAAAAGACCCAAGGGUAAAUGGGCGGCGGAGAUUCGUGAUCCAAAGAAAGCAGCUCGAGUUUGGCUGGGAACAUUCGCCACGGAAGAAGAUGCAGCCAAAGCCUACGACGACGCCGCUUUAAAAUUCAGAGGAGCAAAGGCCAAACUCAACUUCCCACUAAGAGCUUGCCUUGCUCAACAUAGUAACGAUAAUAAUAGCUCUGUUUCUCUGAACGCAUUUGACAAAAAUGUCAUCUUCGCUAAUACUGAGCUGCCGCAGGGCACAAAUUCAAUUCUAACAGAUUCCCCAUUCAUACAGUUUGAUAAAGAUUAUUUGCCAUGCUUCCCUCAAUUCUCUGAAUUCUUUCACUACAAUACCAAACUUGCAUGUAAUCGAAGGAUUGAUCUGCAGGCUGCUAACAGUUUUCUUCCCUGGGAUGCAAUUCAGGGCGAUGCUCAAUUUCGUCAGGAAGAACAAGACCAGUCGGGUGAAUCCUCCAUCCAAAUCCAAUCUAUCUUAGAUCAAGAGCAAUGUAUUGGGAGGCCUGUUUCAAAUCUAUCAAUUUACUGUAGACAUUCAUAUCAGCAACAAGAACAGAUGGCUCUUAGCGAGAGUUUAGCUCAGCCUGUUAGCUGUUUUGGACAGCAAGAGUUGCAGAGUUAUGGAGAAAGUGUUACUUUUGAGGCGUCUGGUAUCCUAGAUUCCUAUGAAGCCCAGUCAAAUCCUGUAAUACAUCUCUAAGAUCAUUCUUUCUCCCCAUCUAUGGCUUGUGAACAUCCUCCACAUGAAGUAUAAGGCGAUAGUAAUUAAUCAUUAUUUAUGAUGAGGUAAAGAAUCAUGUUUAUGAGGCAAGCUAAAAUCGUCUUUAUUGCUAGUUGCGUGUAAGAUAGGUUGCUGAGAGGUUAUUAUACUGCCCUCCCAUCUAUAGAAACCAAAUUAUUAGCCAA